AUGAUGGGGAGGUUAUGUCAAUCUACCACAUCCCUCAUAGUGGCGGCUCAUCUGCUAUCACUCGUUUCGCUCGGAAAGGCGGCCGACGAGUGCCAGCCGUACACAUGGUCCAAGGCGGGCAUGCCAACGGUCGUCGUGGGCGAGCUCCCGCGGGCCACCCCUACUCUGAUCCAGGAACAAGCUCUGUCUGAAAGGGCAGAGGGAGACGUCGUCUGCCGGGCCUGGGACACGACGGAAUAUGAGGUCAACUACUACAGCUGCAAGGAGAUGGCCGACUUCUGGUUCGCCGACAUUGAUUUCUUCUUCACCCUGAACCCGGGCCUCGAGCGGGACUGCAGCAACAUCCAGCCCAACACCGAGUACUGCACCGACGGUUGGAUCGAACCGCUGCGGGAUCCCGAAGGUCGCUGCGGCCCUCAAUUCGGGAACGCCUCCUGCGCCUACGGCAGCCUCCCGUGCUGCAACUCCCAGACCUGGAAGUGCGGCGAGACGUACGAGGAUUGCGCUCCCGGGACGUGCUACGAGGGUCUCUGCCCAGGAGACGCCGUCUGGAGCAGCGACGGCACAUGCGGUACAGGCCAUGGCAAUCGGCAGUGCGCGGGAAAAUGGGGAGACUGCUGCAACCAAGACGGCCGGUGCGGUACUGGCCCGGACUUCUGCGGCAAGGACGUGUGUCAGAUGGGAAACUGUACCGUGCCUCUCGUCCCCGUUCCGAGCUCCUCAGUGUCGGUUUCCUUCCCGCCAGUGACCGAGCCGUUUGCACAGUCGACGACGGCCACAUCCCUCUCGCCCUCCUCAACCUCAACGGCGCCCGCCUCUCCCGCUUGCACGGCCGGUUCGAACGCCCAGGGCAUCCCGUAUAACUUCAAGGGCCUCUGUUCGUCCAGAUGCGACCUCAACCACUGCCCCGCCGGCGUGUGCGUCUCCACCGGUCCCGCUGCCGAGCCGGCGGCCAUCCCGGAGCUGACCGAUUGUCACGGCUGUCCGGAUGAUGAAGUCGCUGGGGGCGGGAACCACGCCUACUACGUCGACCUGUGUGAAUUCACCUGCAGCCACGGGUCUUGCCCCGCCGGAGCUUGCAAAUGCUGCUGA